AUGGUUCACGGGCACGACCAUAUGGGUGCUCCUAGCAGUUUCGCAGCCCGUCGACCCAACGCUUCUCAAUUAGGCACGUUCGAACUACCACCACCACCGCUCGCCAGCCUGCAACAAAAGUAUCCGACACAUUCAUACGCACAGCCAGCGCCGGUCCCGACCACCCUGAGCAGCGUGGGCAACCUACUUACGCCUCCCAGCAACGGCUCAUCGGAUGGUCUGAGUCCAGUCUCCUCCAUCGCUCCCAGCUCCAACAACGGAUCGGUCCCUCCAUACACUCCCACCAGCAUGUGGCACCCACCGCACACUUCCCACGCCCCAUACGGUGGCUUCCAAUCGACCGCACCGCAGCAACACUCUUUCGGCCAGGGCCGUGGUCUGUUCUCUCCUUCGCUCAACUCCAUAAUUCGUGGAUCACAAUCACCGACCGCCAGCGAAGCGCUACCUCCUCCGCCGUAUGAGAUCUCACAAUACUCGUCGUCGAUGCCCAUGUCUGCGCCCAGCCAGCCGGCGGUGCACCAACAUCACCAGAUGAUCAGCAGUGCAAUGGUAGGAGGACAGCCACCCGUAUCUGCCUCUCAGGCUUCACCAGUCCACGCACAGGAUACAUUCUCACGGCACACGCCCACGAACUCGUACCACUCCUCGCAACCACCGACGCCAUCAUACCACCACACCUCACACCCGACUUCGGCAGGACACGCAUACUCAUCAUCCGGCCCAUCGCACUCACAGCACAGCCCGAUCAGCGGGAUGAAUCCCUUGGCCAAAGCCUCACCUGUGAGCCAAUUCGGAUCGAUACCGUCACUGCAUUCACAAUCAUGGAACGCACCAAUGUACGGAAAUACCCACCGACCUUACUUCCAGUCAAGCGGCGCAGUCCUACCGCCCAACAACGCAUUCUCGGGGCUCAAUAGCCAUGGCGGUCAGCUUUCGCUCGUCGGCAGUAUGCCGCAUCAGAUGGGCAUGCCCAUGAACAGCGGUCAAAUGGCACAAAUGCAGCAGCUCUACGGCCACCAGACAGGUCAUCAUCCCAACCCUGCGAAUGAUCGGCCUUUCCGAUGUGAUCAAUGUACACAGAGCUUCAACCGCAACCACGAUCUCAAGAGGCACAAGCGAAUCCAUCUCGCGGUGAAGCCAUUCCCAUGUGGCCACUGCGACAAAAGCUUUUCACGCAAGGAUGCACUCAAGAGACAUGUCCUCGUCAAAGGCUGCGGAAAAUCGCUCGGCACCAGUGAAGUCAAGGAGAUCGACGGGUCCUCACCCAACAGCGACGAUGAUCACCACAGCCCUCCUGUUCAGGGAUCAUGA